GUUACCGACCUGAUCCCCAAACAAGUUGGAGAAAUAGCUUCUAUGGCCUUGCUAUGAAGGUGAGACAGGGCCCAUUGAGCUAACACUGAGAUCAGAAGCAGUACACACUUAGUGUGUGACAUAGUGAAAGGAAACUUUUUCUCCCUUUGAACUUCUCUAAAUAGUCAUUUUGCCUCCCCUUGGGGAUCACUUCUCAGCUCAAUGGCCUUUCAGGACCUCCUGGAUCAAGUUGGAAGCCUGGGGAGAUUCCAGAUCCUUCAGAUGGUUUUCCUUUGUAUCUCCAGCCUCAUAGUGUACCCUCAUAUUCUAUUGGAGAACUUCACUGCAGCUGUUCCUGGUCAUCGCUGCUGGGUUCACAUCCUUGACAAUGACACUGACUCUGCUAAUGGCACUGGGACCCUCAGCCAAGACACCCUCCUGAGAAUCUCCAUCCCACUGGACUCAAACCUGAGGCCAGAGAAGUGUCGUCGCUUCCUCCUCCCCCAGUGGCAGCUCCUUCACCUGAACGGGACCUUCCCCAACAUGAGUGACCUGGACACAGAACCCUGUGUGGAUGGCUGGGUGUAUGACCAAAGCUCCUUCUCCUCCACUGUCGUGACUGAGUGGGACCUGGUAUGUGAAUCUCAGUCACUAAAAUCAAUGGUCAAAUUCUUAUUCAUGGCUGGAAUGCUGGGGGGAAGCAUCAUAUAUGGCCAUUUAUCAGACAGGUUUGGGAGGAGGUUAAUGCUCAGAUGGUGUUUGCUCCAGCUCGCCAUUACUGACACCUGUGCAGCCUUUGCUCCCACCUUCCUCAUUUACUGCUCCCUACGCUUCUUGGCUGGGUUUUCUACCAUGAACAUCCUGACAAAUAUUUCUGUGCUUAUUGUAGAAUGGACAGUGCCCCGAUUCCAAGUCAUGGGAAUGACCAUGUCAAUCUGUGCUGCUUGCAUAGGACAGAUCGCCCUAGGAGGACUAGCUUUUGCCAUUCGAGACUGGCACACCCUUCAGCUGGUGUUUUCUGUACCAUUAUUUGUCUUCUUUCUUUCCUCAAGGUGGCUGGCAGAGUCUGCUCGGUGGCUAAUUAUCACCAACAAACCCGAGGAGGGCUUAAAGGAACUUAGAAAAGCUGCUCAUAAGAAUGGAAGGAAGAAUGCUGGAGACGCUCUAACCAUGGAGGUUGUGAGAUCCAUCCUGCAGGAAGAGCUGGAGGCCGCACAGACCAAACCUUCUGUGCUUGACUUGUUCCGCACACCCAGCCUGCGUAAGAGAAUCUGUCUCCUGUCCUUUGUGAGAUUUGCAAACUUCAUGUCCUUUUUUGGCCUGAUUCUCCACCUCCAGUACAUGGGGAGCAAUGUUUUCCUGUUCCAGGUUCUUUUUGGUGCAGUCAACCUCCCAGCCAAUUAUGUUGCGUUUUUGGCACUGAAUCACCUGGGCCGUCAAGUAAGCCAGACGCUCUUCAUGUUUCUCCUUGGAGUCUCCAUUCUGGCCAUCACAUUUGCGCCUCAAGAAAUACAGACCUUGCGUGUGGCUUUGUCAACUUUGGGAAUAGCUGUUUCUUCUACGGCUCUCAUGUGUUCUUUUGUCCAUGGAAAUGAACUAGUCCCCACCAUUAUCAGGGUAACAGCCUCAGGAUUCAUGGGAAUUGCUUCUAAUAUUGGGGCAGCCCUGGCUCCCCUCUUGAUGAUCCUAACAGUAUAUUCUCCCCACCUACCCUGGAUCAUCUAUGGAGUCUGCUCCAUCCUCGCUGGCCUUGUUGUUCCACUCCUUCCUGAAACCAGGAAUAAGCCUCUGCCUGACUCUAUCCAGGAUGUGGAAAAGGAGAGAAAAGGCUCAAGAAAAGCAAAGCAGGAAGAUACCUCCAUGAAACUGACACAGUUUUAAAGGAUUCCAGAAACUAAUUGCUAAUCAAAGAGCAAGAGAAACAAGAAAAAUUGGGAUCAUUCCCAGAUACUGGCAAAAUUUGGAAAACAAAUAAAUUAAAAGAUAUAAAGGAAAAAUGGACCCCAUUUACAAUUGCAGUUCUAAAUAACUAUACAUAAAAUGCCUAUGACUAAUCAUAAUAAGAAGUGUGAGGAAAGUCAUAAUACUUUAAAAGGGAUCAUAAUAAAAUAUGUGUAUAAUUGUAGAACCCUAGGAAGAUAGAAUAGUAUUUAAAACAUUGAUUCUGCUUUAAUUAAUGACUGAGUAAUUGAUGUAAUAAUUACUUUGGGGACAAUUUGAAAAAGUUCCAAAUAUAUCUACAAAUUAAUUAUAGACAAGAUCCAGAAAAAUGAAGUUUAUGGAGGGAAGGUGGUGCAAGUAUUUGGGGCAGCAUACGCUGAAAUGAAAUGCAGAUGCAUUUACAAAUCAAAAGAAGUCCAGUAUGAGAUGGUGGUGUGUAGAACACUUAAAAUUUGAUAACUUGGGCAUCAUAAAUCACUGGUAGAAAAAAAUGAUUAUGUAAUAAAUAUCAUUAACUAACUUUAGAAAUAAAUGACUAAUAAUU